AUGCCCGGCUUCCACGUGUACCCGCAGACAUCCUGCCUUUCCAGGGAGUGUUCGCCCAACGUGAGCGUGGUGGCGCCUUCCACGCCCGCGCCCGCGCCCAUCGGCCUCAACGCCACACCGGUGGCCGGUGGCUCGUCAUCGGGAGGUGCGAGGAAAUGCACAAGGCAGAUGUCGGCCGACGUGCUACCAGACACCCGCAACCUGUUCGAGGGAAUGCCGGCCGCCGGCGACGAGGACUACAUGCAGAACCUCAUCUUCGAGGGCGGUGCAUCGGCCGCUGGCUAUGAUCCCGACGAGACACAAAGCCAGGACGGCCGUGGGGCGUUCACGCCGGCCGCUGGCUACGAUCACAAUCAGGCGGCUUUCAUGCGUGAUCAGGUCGGCAUGGACCUGGAUGGCUUCCCACUUGAUCACGAGUUUCCGGACGACUACGGGCAAGAGGAAGAGGACGAGUGCGACAUGGAAGUGGAGCCUUUGUUCGAGGACGAGCUCGCCAACCAAGUCGCCGGGCCGAAGCCGAAGCGCAAGAGCAAGCGGAUGAAGGCAUACACGGUGGUCGAGGACAAGCUUCUUUGCGAGUACGAGCAGCAGCGAGGCGAGGUGUGGGGAGUGCGGGCGGGCUGCAGGGCGAGGCGGGGUGGGGCGGUGCGAGCUCGAGGCGGUGGCAGUUGCAGGGAGUGCGGGCGGACAGGCUCUGGCGAGCGUUGGACGGGCGGCUGCGGCGGGAUGAGCUGCAGCGCGAGCUCGAGGCGGCGACGGCUGCAGGGCGGGGUGGAGCGUGAGCGGCAGGGCGAGGGCAAGCAGCGGCCGGGCACGAUGAGAAGGGUGCAGGCGUGGGGCUAG